AUGUCCCUCACCAUUCCGCCCUCAGCCCUCUGCCCUCUGCCCUCUGCCCUCUGCCCUCUGCCCUUUGCCCUCUGCCCUCUGCCCUUUGCCCUCUGCCCUCUGCCCUUUUGCCUUCUUCUCCCCUGGCAAGCUGCGCCCCAAGGCCUUGUUUGUCUCACGCACGCCGCGAGAUCGAUACUCACAUUCGUCUCCUAUCGUACAGGGCCGACCACAAUCGAGGACCAGUGGGACAAUUCUCUUGCUCACGCUACCAAGUACUGGUAUGACCCGACACAGUACCAUGUCGCAUGGUUUGAUAGGCUGAAAGGGGGACGCUCGACGCUGGACGCUGGACGCUGGACGCUCCAAGGCAGCCACAGCCUACCCACUCAACAGCUGCGAAGAAACACUGGCGACCGCAACGUAGACAAGCAUAAGCCUUUACAACGAGGUUUUCUUGCGCGUCUACCACUAUCUCAAGCCAUGCUCGUUCCGACAGUAGCGUCACGCCAGAUAGAUGGAUGUGGACUGUUAUCAUGUCAACAUCUCAUCGAGACUGUCAAAGUCUCCGUCGCGCAGCCCUAUCAGAUGAUGAUGAUGAUGAUGAUGGCCCCUUCGACGGUCUGA